AUGUUUUGUGAUGUUUCAGUGCAUUCCCUAAAGUGUAUGCAGUGCAUCCCAGAGACAUCUUUGAACUGCACCAACACUGAGGUGGACUGUCCUGCUGGCGAGUGCCUGAGCCUGGGAGUAACAACCUACACUGAGGGCAUGAAAGUCAAUCAUAUCAACUUGAAGUACUGCUCAGCACCAGGACAUUGCCCCUCCGGGUCAAUCAAUUAUGGGAUGGUAGCGUCAAGCUAUGACAGUGAGUGCUGUGGGACUGACCUGUGCAAUGCUCAGGACAUGCCAGAUAGACCACUCGUCAGCUCAAAAAAUGGCCAGAAGUGUUUUACCUGUACAGGAGAACAUUGUUCAUCCACAGUGGACUGUUUAGGAGAUGAAAAUCGCUGUAUCAAAUCAAGAGUAAUCACUGAUGGCACCACCAUGACACUGAAAGGAUGUGCCUCGGAGAAAUUAUGUGGGACGUCCCAAUCCCAGGUGGUCCUGCCCAACAUCUACACAAGCUCCGUGUGCUGCGAAGGAAGUCUGUGUAACCAUGCCGAGCACUCGAGGUUGCCUCUCUCCCUUGUUCUGAUGGCUUUUUCCUCCCUCAUCCUCACACUAUGA